AUGGCUCCACCAAAGAACAUCCUCAUCGUUGGCGGAACAGGAACGAUCGGCGGGUACAUCGCGCUCGAGGCUCAUUCCCGCGGCUACGCUGUGACCAUUGGUGGUCGCAAGUCAGUCAAAGGCGUCCCCAUUCUAGAGGAUCUACCAUUCAUCAAAGCCGAUUAUGUCGCGGGCGAAUACACUUCAGAAAUACUCUCAGCCUUUGACAGUAUCGUCUUCUCAGCAGGCGCCGACAUGCGACACGUGCCUGAGAACACCUCAGCGGAUGAGUACUACCUACAGUCGGCCAACAGUGCAGUCGAGUUUGCUCGACUAGCCCGAGACGCCGGAGUCAGGAGAUUGGUGCAUAUUGGCAGCUUCUAUUGGCACAUUGCACCGGAGCUGAUUGAAAAGACGCCCUACAUCCGAUCACGAAAGAUGGCUGCUGAGGGCAUUGCUUCGCUAUCAAGGCCCGGAUUCUGCGCUUGCAGUCUGGAUGCACCAUGGGUCGUCGGAACGGUACCAGGCAUGCACUCCCCUAUUUUUGCCGCCUACGUCCAGUUCGCCGAGGGCAAGCUCGGUAUGGGACCCUCAGUGAUCGAUGCAAACUCCAACUUUGUUUCUAUCCAAGCUCUGGCGACGGCAGCUAUUGCCGCGCUUGAGAAGAGCGAGGCCGUGUCCGGCAGAACAAUCCUCAUCGGGGGCGAGAACAUGACAUUCGCGGAAUUCUUUAGCCUCAUCUUCUCUGCUGUGGGCAACAAUGUACCAGUCUCGGUCACGGACCAGGAACAUCCUCUGAUGCCGGAGUCAGCUCUUUGGGCUGGGCGUAAGAUUAAGGUUUAUGAGCCUGAUGCUGAGGAGGAAUCUCUGCUUGAUGGAUAUCGUCGAUUUGGUGUUCGAGAUGCAGUUGAGCGAGUAGUUAAAGAAUAUCGUUCGUUAUAG